UUUUGAACAGGGCUGCUAGUUCUUUUUCAGUCCACUAGUUUUCUACAAAUCUCAAGUGACUAAAAUGAACUCUUCCUUUAAUUUAAGUGCAGUACACUGGAUUAUUCAUCGCGACAUAUUUUGGGCGGGAAACGUAGAUCGUAAUCUCGUCUGUUUGGUUCUGGCUGUUUAAAAGGAACUCUACUGUUUGACUAACUGUUCAGAAGAGAAACAGGCUUCUUGCGACGCACCGAGCAAGAGAGCACAAAUAUUUUCUUUCUUCACUUGAAAGUCAACUUAACAGUAUUGUCUGGAAUCUGCAGCGAGAACAUAUUUAUGUUAGCUAGUUGAUUCGUUAGCAUUAGCGAUACCUAGCUAGGUAGCGAGCCAGUUAGCUAGGUAUCCCCCGGUCGGCAACGGGACGGAGGGAAAUGGCAGCAGCGAAGAUGUGCCUCAGGAAGAACAAGGAGGAAACUGCGGAGUGGACAGGACUGUUCCUGAGCGACCUGAGAACCAAGCACGAGUCCCUCGUCUUCGUCAAGAGGAUGAUCGCCGUGGCAGUCUCCUCCAUCACCUACCUCCGGGGCAUCUUCCCGGAGGACGCCUACAGGUCCAGAUAUCUGGAAGAUUUGUGCGUCAAAGUUUUACAUGAGGACUGCAACAGUCCUGGCGCCAGCAAAGUCGUGAAAUGGAUGAUGGGCUGCUUUGACGCCUUAGAGAAGCAGUAUCUCCAGAUUGUGUUCAUUGGGGUGUACACCAAUCCAGAUGAACCCAAUUGCAUUAUUGAGUCCUACCAGUUCAAAUUCAAAUACACUGGGAAGGGACCACAGAUGGACAUACUCAGGAACGAUGACGUGGAGAUGCAGGUGACGUUGGAGGACACCAAGAGGGCCUCGGUGCUGCUCAUCAGGAAGCUCUUCCUGCUCAUGCAGAACCUGGAUGCCCUUCCCAAAAAUGUCUACCUCACCAUGAAGCUCUACUACUAUGAUGACAUCACUCCUGCUGACUACCAACCACCAGGCUUCAAGGAGGGUGAGUGUGACAGUCUGUGGUUUGAAGGCAUGGCCGUGCACUUCAAGUUGGGCGAGGUGCAGACGGCGUUCCACAGCCUCCGAUUCCAUGUGUCGGCCGAACAAGGUCGACUGGAGAAGCUUCAGGAAGGGAACAAACUGAGAGAAAUCAAGCAGGUUACCAAUAGAAAUCCUCCAGAGAAGGUAACGGUCAAGGCUCCUCGUAAGAAAAUAUACAACGAAGAGGAUCUACCCUCUGAAGACGAGUCUGCACAGUUCAAGAAACCCACCAGACCUGUGGCAAAGAGACGUGCAGCUGAUAAAAACCUGGCGAGGAAGAAAAGAAGAGUUUAGUCAACAAGACGAGAGCUUUGACCGCACUUCAAACACGUCUGAAAAAUGUCUUAGUUUUAUUUUUAUAUUUACAGACACGAGUUUAAGUUAAAAGUUGUAUGAUUUGCGUUCCUUCGAUGAUUUAACCUCUAACCACAGAGACAUGUUGCUCUCACAGUUCUAAUGUGUAAUGAAGUGAACAAGCUACAUGAAACGAAAUCAACACAAUGUUCAAAUGUGUCUUAUUUGUGUACUGUAUGUGUACAAAUAUAUAUUGAUAUGUAUUGUUCAAGAAAUAAAACUUGAUUGUAAACUUUGUUUUUCCAAAUGUAAAACACAUUUGAAAUGUUAGUCUCUACAUGUGACAAGGCAGAACUGCUGCAGCGCAAUUCAUUAAACACAAAGUGCAACUCGUC